AUGAAAUUUGAAUUAUAUGACAAACAAUUAAAACGAUGGCCAGAAACUGGACGUCAUAUUAUAGGACAAUACGACGAUGAAUCAAUUAUCGUUUAUCAAGCCUAUAACCAUUCUAUAGCUGACUACGCUGUUCAAAAUCAAAAAUUUGGUGGUAAGGAUUUUUCAUGGAAGAGAAUGACAUGGAUUAAAACCAAUUUUACUUGGAUGAUGUAUAGAUCUGGAUGGGCCACCAAAAAGAAUCAAGAAAGA